GCGCGCUCGCAGAGGCGGCGGGAGCGGAGCGGCCGCGGAGCGCUCGGAGCGCCCGGCGCUGCCCGCACCGCUCCGGGGACGGGCCGCUCCCAUGGAGGCGUUCCCGGGCACCCAGCUGGAGCAGCACCGGCACCUCCCGCCCGUGGAGUGCCUGCCGGGCGCCCGCUACGGCGGCCGGAGCCACAGCGCCUGCGGGAACGUCUUCAACUCCUGGAACGACUACCUGGGGCUGGCCACGCUCAUCACCAAGGCCGUGCGGCCCGGCAAGGGCUUCGGCCCCGAGCCGCCCUCAGUGGUGGUGGCGGCCGCCGUGCCGCCGGCCGAGGAGGAGGAAGACGAGGAGGAGGAGGAGGAAGAGGCGGCGGGGCCGUACUUCGAGGGCGCGCUGGACUUGCAUGACCUGGACCUGUGCGGGCAUCACCACCACCACCAUCACGGCGAGGGGCUGCUGGAGGAGCGCUUCGCCGACUUCAGCCCCUUUCCCGGGCGCGGCGGCCCCGCCGCCGUGGUGUUCGACUGCUCGGGGGAGCACCCGGGCCGGGAGGGCUCUGCCCACGCGUGGGGCGGCGUGGUGGUGGCGGGGCGGCUGCCGGCGCACCCGCGGGCCGCCUCCCGCCUGCUCAAGCCCGAGCUGCAGGUCUGCGUCUUCUGCCGGAACAACAAGGAGGCGGUGGCCCUCUACACCACGCACAUCCUCAAGGGACCCGACGGCCGCGUCCUGUGCCCGGUGCUGCGGCGCUACACCUGCCCCCUCUGCGGUGCCAGCGGCGACAAUGCCCACACCAUCAAGUACUGCCCCCUGUCCAAAGUGCCGGCGGCGCGGCAGCUCCGGCACGCCCGGACCGCCCUGGGCAGGAAGGGCCGCUAGCGGCCGGGGCUCGCCCCGCUGACUCUGCCCCGGCCCCGCGGCGGCCGCUGCGCGCUGGAACGCGCGGAGCCCGGCGCCGGGCCCCGGGACUGCGAGGCGGAGAUGCGCUGUGUUUGUUUAUUGUAAGAAAAAAAUAUAUCUCUACGUGAUUUUUAUGGAGACGGCGAGAUCUGACUGGGCGGGUGUGCGCGGGGGGGUACCGGGGAGGUGGCGGGGGUCCCCGGUGCCCGCGGGGCAUCGGCCGGGAGAGCCGCUCUGCACCGCCCGGUCAUAGCAGGGUGUUUAACUAGGGUACAGCACUCCGCCUCUCAGCUCUUAAAGCGAACAUCCCAGCGAUUCCCUUCGCCGCUUUGAAAAGCGGUGAGCAAACCGCGGUCCGACCUGCCCUCGGUAAUUCACACCUGCUGCCCCAAAUCGCAGCAUCCGAGCGGUCACCCUUCCUCUCGUGGGCACCGAUGGCGCUGGUCCCGCAGCUCCCCGUGUCGAAUGCUGUUUUAGGGAAGGUCUGAGAGGAGAAAACAGCCAAGUGCGUGUUUGAAAACGUGGUGACUCUGCUAGAGUGCAAACCGAGCAGUAAGGUGGCAAUGGAUCAAGCUUUAAUGCAGCUGUGUUUGUGGUGGAGAAUGGGGAAGCCUGAUGGAAAGAAACCUGGACAAAGCAGAAAGCUGUGACCGUAGGAGAAUGGAAGCAAGGGAGGUUGUUUAUUUUCAGGAGUUCAGAGAAUGUGGUUAACUCUUUGCCAGUAAAAGGGAUCUAGCCAUGUGGAUAACAAAUAUCCUUAACACUGCACAGACUACAAAGCAUAAGAAUUAGACUGAAGUCCUGGACCACUCUGGGAGAUGGCAGUUCCUUGGUACUGAAUAUCAGCCAGGGCUAUAUAAUUUCUAAUCCCCAAGAGAAAAUGUCUCUUUUCAUUGAAUUUUGUUUUGUCCGUUUGGUUGUUUUGUUUUGGGCUUUUUCUUUCGAGGGGUUUUUUUUUUUUUUGAGUUUUGUUUUUUUUUCCUACCUAGAGGUAGGACCAGGAGAGGCAGCAGUUUGGAGUUUGAGUACUCUGGAGCAGAAAGAUGGAUGCUGGAGUUUUCAGUGCAGAGGAUCACACUGCUGUGCAGCAGGGAGGUGAAGAGGGCCUUGUGGAGGAACUGCUGGGACAUCACCAGGAAGAUGAGAAAGGAGAUGGGUCCUGACAGAAAAAGGGAACUAUGAAAGUGAGGAGUAAUCCACACUUGUGUGGUUUGUUUUGAAAAGCUGCUCAGCAGGGUGGCAGAUGGGGUCAGGAGAGCAGGACAGUCAAGAAUGGAGACAAAACAUGUCUCCAAACAUGAUGGGCUGGAGAUGAGAACCCAGGAUUCAUUAUUCACUGCUGUUAACUCCCAGCCACAGCAAUUAGGAGGGAAAAACUGAUUUUGUGUGGAAGUGUUCCCUUAAAUCUCCAUCAGAUGGCUCCAAAGAUGGUGUCAGGUCUAAUUAUCAAAUGCAGUGGGGUUUGCAUUAAAUAACACAGUGGCUGCAGUUA